AUGCGUUAUCAUUAUGACAGUUGUUUUAUGAGCAAGGGAAAGUUCAAGGAAAGCGAGCCAGCAAGAGUGUGUUGUUUCUUCGUUACCACAAACUCCUUUGAACAAGGCAAUGCGGGUCACAGUGCGAGCCAAGCUAAGAGUUCUUACAGUUCACCGGUAGCUGAUCCUGAUGUCAUUGCUGAAGUUUACAACAAUGACCUGCUUAUGCGACACAUAGUUAGCUUUGUGACAGAUAUUAAU